GUGUCCACAACUCACCAGGCUCACCAUGGCAUCCUGUUUGCUUCUAGCAGAUGUCACCAUUCAAAUUCCUCGUCCGCGAUCCUGAAUAUACUUAGAAAUACUGAAUACGGGCAAGAUGGCUCCUGACAGAGGCGAAAGCUCUUCGAGUCCUCAAUAUCAGUCCAUCUCAGCUUCGGAACAUCACUCCACCGAACAUGCAGCUAUCCCCUCAUCGCAAGCUCGCAGACGUAGCGACGCGCGCCGUUUCAUUGCGUAUCACGCCAGUGAAGGGCAAAAUUUCACACUGCGCGGAAUUUCUGUCGGGUUGGGCGUCGGUCUCGUUAUAUGCUUCUCGAAUAUGUAUUUUGGCCUGCAGACAGGAUGGGUUUCUAGCAUGAGCAUGCCUUCCUCCCUGAUCGGUUUCGCCUUCUUCAAGACCAUCUCAAAACAUCUCGAUUUGCCAUUUACGCCUGUGGAGAAUGUGCUGGUACAAUCGGUUGCUGGGAGUAUGGGGACGAUGCCAUUGGGAUGUGGAUUUGUGGGGGUAAUGCCGGCGCUGAAUUACAUGUUGAAAACGGAAGAGUCAGGGCCAAUAUUUCUCAGCACGUGGAAGCUCAUAUUAUGGUCUCUGGGAUUGUGUUUCUUUGGGGUCGUCUUUGCGGUGCCUUUGAGGCGGCAGGUUAUAAUUCGCGAAAAGCUUAAAUUUCCAUCUGGGACAGCAACAGCUUUAAUGAUUGGGGUAUUGCAUGGAAAGGAGUCUACGGUUGAGGGACCGCCGGAGACGGUUUCUGCAAUGGAUCAGGAGUGCGAGGAGAAUAAUAGAGACGGUGAGGAUGAUCGGAGCGAGAUCAACGAUAUUGAGGAAUCAGACAAGGGUCAGCAGAGCACUUGGAAAGCGAAAGUGCGACUCUUGGUCAUUUCUUUUGCUAUUUCUGGAACAUAUACGCUGGCAACUUAUUUCUUCCCUAUCCUUCGACGUUUGCCUAUUCUAGGGAACUACAUGAAGUAUACAUGGCUCUGGAGCUUGAAUCCCUCUUUGGCCUAUGUUGGACAGGGCAUCAUCAUGGGACCUGCUACCACAACACACAUGCUCAUAGGGGCAUUCGUUGGAUGGGGGAUUCUCUCCCCUCUAGCCAAGAACAAAGGCUGGGCUCCUGGUCCCGUCAGUGACUGGGAGCAUGGAAGUAAAGGCUGGAUUGUUUGGAUAUCCCUAGCAAUUAUGCUGGCUGAUUCAGUAAUUAGUCUUGGUUUCAUUGCUCUCCGACCACUUGCAAACCAUGGUGGAAAGUAUUUUAUAGAGGCAUGUCGCCAUAUUAAAAAAGGCGACUGGAAAGGACUGUUUCUAGUCCUAUCCGGCAAUUCUGAACGAGGAUACGCUCCACUCAUCGAAGGUGAAGAAGUCCACCCACCUCCUGAGGAAACCCAGUUCGGACCGUCUCUUUCUAAACAAGAGACGAAAGAUCUCCCGGAGCCUGAUGCCUCACCUGAACACUUAGUGAACGACAGCACAGUGUGGGUUGGUCUCGUACUCUCUAUAAUAUUCUGCGUGGCAACCAUCCGAAUUGUUUUUGGGGAACUUGUCCCCAUCUUUGCGACAAUUAUUGCAGUCUUCAUGGCACUUCUUCUGUCCAUCAUGGGUGUAAGAGCCUUAGGUGAGACAGAUUUGAAUCCUGUAUCAGGAAUCAGCAAACUAGCGCAGCUUUUUUUUGCUCUUACAAUUCCGCAAUCAAACAAAAAUUCCGUUUUAAUCAAUUUGAUUGCUGGAGCAGUAUCAGAAGCCGGAGCAUUGCAAGCUGGAGACUUAAUGCAAGACUUGAAAACCGGUCAUUUGUUAGGCGCUGCACCUAAUGCCCAAUUCUGGGGACAAAUUAUAGGUAGUGCAGUCGGUGCAGUUGUCAGUGCUUUCAUUUACCGUCUCUACACAGGCGUAUAUAAGGUUCCAGGAGAAUUGUUCCAAGUUCCUACCGGGUAUGUUUGGAUUUUCACUGCAAGAUUGGUGACUGGGAAAGGACUACCAGAGAUGGCUGCGCAAUGGGCAUUUGGCGCAGCCAUAAUUUUCACUAUUACAACCAUUGUGAAAAUGCGAAAUGUAGGAAAACGAUGGCACCCUUGGAUUCCUGGCGGUAUCGCGGUUGCAGUUGGUAUGUCUUCUCCCGUUUUCCUCCUUGUCUAUCAUCUACUAAACCUCAAGGAAUGUACAAUGUGCCAUCAUUCACACUCGCUCGCGCAGUCGGGGGGUUCGUAAACUGGUACUGGAAAUCGUACAAUAAGCGCGAGGAAACUCCAAUUGUGAUUUUGGCGAGUGGAUUGAUCUUGGGGGAAGGUGUGGUCAGCAUUUUGAAUUUAUUGCUCGCAAGCGCCCAGGUUCCGCAUUUAUAGUGCUAUUUAUCAAUGGUUAUUUGUUGAGAGAAUAUUCCAAUGUCUCUGCUUUUCCGAAACUCUGGUCGUGAUCUGGAAAUUGCAUCAUAUGGGAUCAUUGAUAGAUUUAGUAGUUCUGAGUGACGGGUCCUAGAACUCAAUAUAUGGCCGAAGUGUUUCACACUACUCAAAAGACACUUGAGCAGCGUAGUCCUCUCAAGUCUGGGUGGAGUUGUGUUGGUCACCAAUCUAGUCAGUCAACUAGACCUUAGAAGAUGCCAGCGUUUGGGGUCAUUAAUCGGUUUU